AUUUGUUUCUGUGUGUGUUGUGUUCGCUGGUUGGGUGUGUUGGGAUGCUAGGUUUGUGUUCUUUUGCUUGUAAGGAGGCGUAUCAGCCGUAAACAAUGCGGCAUUUCUUGCGUCCAGUGAGAUAAAAACGACCCCGGCAUGCCUUUACACGAGGUCACUGAUUUCCAAUUUGUGGCGAUCGAGUUCUCGCCUAGCAGUGUUCUUGACUCUGAGGCUGAGAGCCUCUGAAAUGAACCUCAAGGUACGCUAGGAUCGGGAGCAACACCGAGUUAUGACGGACGUCGAUCGGCCCAUCUUCGUUCCACCCCGAAAGAGGAGCACCAACAAAUCCUCCCCGAAAAUCGUGAGCCCCUUGAACAACAAUGCGCCGUCCGACCAGCUGCGCUCUUCUCAAGCGAGGUCUCCGAGCGUCGCCGGCACCCCGGACAGAACUCCAGAGCACGACAGGGCGGCCGCAGUCUGUCCCUUGAGACCGCACCGCAAGGCCUCUGUGGAAUUCCAGCUGGACCAGGUGCCCGAAGAAUGUGACCCCGACCAGUGGACAACUGACCAAUCCCAGACGACGGAUAAUGGCAGCACCGACGGCGAGUUGUCCAGCAUCAACGAACGGUCCUCGCUGAGGUCCGGCAAGGGUGACCGGUAUGUCACCAUGACGGGAACCAUCAAGAGGGGCAAGAAGAAAGGCACCACGAUCGACAUGAAGGUGAACAUAUCGCGCGAAGAGCUGGAUGAGAUCGAAAGCAGCAUCAAGGACCAGAAGAUCAACGCCGAUGAGGAUGACGACUGCUUUUUCGGCAUGAGCAAGGGCCCGCACGUCUUGCUGCUGUCGCUCAGCCUGCUGCCGGUGGUCUUUGUGGUCGCAGCCGCCAACUCCUUCUACGUGGGCACCAUGACCUGGUACAACAUACUGGUGGUGCUCAUCGAGACGCGGUCCAUCUUCCACAAGAUCUUCGUCAGUCCCUUUUGGAUCAUCUUCUACCCUUUCCUCAUAGUGCCAGCCGUGCUGGGCCUAGGGCUCUACGCAGCCGUGGCGCAGGUUUCCUGGGAGUACACUCGCUGGAAGAGGGAGAUUCCAGACUGGGAGAAAGGCUUUUACGGCUGGCUCUGCUGUCUCCUGCACAUGGAGGAGUGCAGCCCCUAUGAAGUGGUGGUUCUCACAGACGUCCAGCAGAGUGAUCAGUGUCAGCAGAAAAAGUGCACAGUAGACACACCUGUUUGAAGGGCGGAAGCCAUGCAGCUCUUCGGUCUACCUCAUAUCCCCGGCGAAGGUCCUUGUGAGCAUGCUAGCUUUGCUUAAAUGGCAGCGCUCGAAAGUUGCAGCAUUGCAAGCUGGGCUGUGCAGAUGCAGUGUCUAGAUAAAAGUGAAAAUGUGAGAAUUUUUUUUUUUAAUGAGGUUUGAUUAUGAUUGUUGUGACUUGUCAUUUGUUGAUGAGGGUUUUCGUCUAGUCACCUAGUCUAAAAUGCUGAACCGAGCAAGCAUUCAUCCAAAAUUGGAUGAUUAUAAUGACAGAAUUGGGUGCUAGCUCUGGCACAAGCUGGAUGAGCACAUUGGUAUGCAGGUUAGAGGGUUGCAUGGGCAUAGCUGCACAGCCUGCACCUUGUAAUACCUAGAUGAAUGUUCUAAACGUUUAUCAGGCACAGCUGUGAUUAACAGAAGCCGGUUUUGUUCACACAUGAGUAGCUGACAUAGGGUUUGUAUGAUCCAGGUCAUAUCCUUUGCUCAGAGAGAUUGCUUUUCUUAUUGAAAGUAGCUGCAAAGGUAACUCAUAGAGGUACAGCUCCUAUUCAUGCUCUAGAAUUGGCUGAACCAGGCACCAUCAGCUACUCUAUUCUCAUGCAGAACCAAGAAUAGUUUUUCAGAAAAAUUGAUCUGUUUGUUUGAUGUUGUGUGCCAUUCCAGCUGCUUCCAAGGCUGCUUUGUUAUAUGCAUUUAUUUUAAAAGUCAUUAGUCAUGGAUGACGAAUUUUUUCUGGAAGGCUUAUGGGUUGCCAGUUUUCCAAGGAACGUGCAGCAUACACAUUUUAGAUUUAUAUUGCAGUUGUGAAAGGGUCACUCAGCGUGGACAACUGGCAUUUUUUUAUACUGUUUGAACUGCAACCAGCUCAUAAGGCAUCUGAACUACUGGAUAAGCUACUGCACAGUCAUGCAAUAUACACCCUUGGCGAAUAACACUUCGAUCAGUGGAAGUUUCAUUAACAGAUGUUUUAGUGAACAGAUUUCAGUCCUUGUCAAAGCUGGAACGAAUUCAGCUGGCUGCUUCAGACCACACUAAGCCACCAAAGCCUUUGCUUUGCUUGAUAUUUAAGAGCACUUCAUGUUCUCUGCAGCACUUCAUUUGAGAAAACAGAAGAUAUCCAUUAUUAUUGGAUAUGUUAUAAAACCAAAAGGAUAUUUGCCUUGUUUGCUUUUAAUAUAUCUUGCCUGCUCCACAUUCCAUUCUAUUUUCGAUCCUAGUUAGGCAAAGGAGAAAAGGCAGUUUGCUGCAUUUGUGUUACUAUCUAGUUAAAUGCUCAACUCUUUGCAAUGUUCAGAGACACUGUGUUCUUUUUUUGUGUGUCUUUCUUUUCCUUUCUUUGUCUCAGGUUAAGUCAUGUCAACUUUUCACCAGCUCGCCUGCAUGCUUAUCCUUCUUUCAGUGUUGUUCACUAGACAGUUCCAUCGCAAUGGAUGCUACUACCCCACACAACUUUAUUAGGCACAAGAGCUAAUCCUGUUACAACUUGCUUUGUGACAAUGAGAUAAUGCCUUUCCCAAGGGAAACUUUAUAUAGUAUAAAAUGUUUAUUGCAACUGCAACACAGUAUCACACCUGCAGUACCAUGCAACGUGCGGUAAUGGUAUGCUUGGUGCAUGGCUUCUCUAACUGGGUUUUUAGGAAUCAAGAAGUUUCUCCAACUACCCACAAGGGUUCCCCCCAAGCUUCAAAAAAAUCUCUGCUGUCCCUGCCCUUAUUGAGCUGUUACAAAACGUGCAGCACCGUCUGUGGCAAUGAAAGGAAUGCCGGGAUUGGUUAGUACAUAUCCGGUUGUAGCAAAGAGUGAACGGGGGAAAUGUGGACGAGGGCCAAGCGAGUAACUGUGCUACCCCCUCUCUCUCCUGCUGCAGGAGGCGAGGAGAGCAUACAGGACAUUGCGUGCGGCCUUUUGGGAUUUUCAUGAAAUGUCUAUUAUAAAGUUUUUUUUCCCCGUUGAUGCAGUAUUUUAGCAGUUUUUGAAACAUUUGUCAGUGCAAAUUUAUGCAGAAGCAUCCCUAGCGGUAUGUGCACUAUUGUUUGCUUUUGCACUGGUUUAUUGCCAAAACAGAGAGGAGCUCCUCAGCGUAAUGUUCCUCAAGAUAUAAAAGUUUAAGGACCCUUGCUCUGAUAGAAUAGUAUGCACAUGCAGUUGCAUUCUCUGGUAACUACUACAUCAAUCAUUUUGCAACAGGAGAGCUUUUUUGUGUUCAGGAUUUACAGUAUAUUCUUGUGAAAUAUUCCCACUUCAGUUAAGUCUGUACUCUCACGAUCUUGGGGCGGUAAUAAGUACUGUAAAUACUUUUUUGCGGGCACAAUAUUUCGCGAAUUUUGUGAAGUGCAAGUUUUGGAAAUAUUUUGCGGGCACAAAAUUUUGCAAAGGAGCGGUUUACUAUGCAUUUAUUACUGUAUGGUAACAUAUUUGUGGGAUCUAUUUUUUGCAAUAUUAUUCGAGUCGCAAAAAAUUAAGUUGUCUACAGUAUGUUCAGGCAUGUUGGGAAUUCGUCUUUAUGCACUUGGUAAACUUGCAAUGCCAGUUUUUUUUAGGUCAAACAUCUUUGUGUUUAUGGUCACUGGGAGUUGGAGCAUUCCCUUUACAAUGAUUGGGAAGAUAAAUGACACUGUGUUUUAGGUGGAAGCAUGAGUGUUAUUGUUAGGCUGCAACAUUAUGCUGCCACCUAUGACUUUUACACUUUGAUCAUGUUAGCAAUUUUUGGAAGAGAGAUACUGCCAUUUUACAUUACUUGCACAUUUAUUGAGUUGUUGUCACAAGUUUAGUGCCAUUUGGUUCUGCUGUAUUCUAUAUUUUUCAGUGUGGAUGUCUGCAGUUGAUAUGUGAGGCACAUUUUAUACUUUCAUACACUUUUCUACUUUUAUAUUUGUUGUGAUGAGGCACUAAGAAGCCAGCCUACAUGCCCAUUAUGUGUGGGAUGUGUAUAGAUUGUUUGGGUCAAUCCUUUGAACGUUAUAGCUAGCAUCCUUUUAUAUUUAGGAAUCCAAAGAGCCCCAUGUUAGUGUUUGUGCCAAAUUAUGUGAUCAUCAUUCCUUACAUAGGUUGUUUAUACAGCAAUAUUUCUAGUCUUAUUUCAAUCAUAGGUUUAUGCCAAAUGUACCGAAAAAGUUUGCACACUGUAUAUGUGCAUGUCAAUUUAGACUGUAUACAUAGUUCACUAAAAAGAAUGCAAGCCUUAUGCUGAAUGCAUACCAAUGCAUAUUUUUUCCAAUCCUGUACAUAUUCCAGAAAAUGUAGUUGAAGUUGCUUAGAUAAUAUACAUCCAUGGGCCACCAUUUGGCAGGCGGCAAGGUGCAUACGGAAAUAUCAAUAUGACUAUGCCUCACAAGCCUCCUCGGACUGUCUUAUGUGAGAAUGUGCUGCUGUGCAUGUGACCAUGGAGCUCAUUUACGUAAUAAAGGUUGUACACACUCCUGCAGAAA